AUGGGUUAUAAUAUACUUUACACAGCCACCAAAAGUUUUGAAGAUCGGCGGUUCCCACUCUUGGGGCCAAAUUUAAAAGGCCUUUACACCUUUGGGCUAUUACGACAGCUACCCGAAAGAGAAAAUAAGUAUCGACAACAUUUUUUUAAUUUCCUUCAUCUCAUUUCUCUAAUCUUUGUUAUCAGUCAACUAGUUGACUUGUAUUUUAUGAGAAAAGAUUUUCAUAACGCCUUAAUAAAUAUUUCCAUAUCAGCGUUAAGUACUGUUGUAAUUUGUAAAACUAUAUCGUAUAUUAUCUUACAAUCUAGUUUCAAAAAUCUUAUAAAAGCAAUAUCUGAAGAAGAAAUAUCAGCUCUAAAAGAACAACAAAAUUUUGUAAUAAUACUAAUGAAAGAUUAUACGAGAUAUGUGAGGAUCGUUACAAAUUUGUACUGGUUAGUGUUUUUUGUAACAGUCAUUGCAACAAUUUUUUCACCAUUUCUAAAGUAUGCGUCUGAUUCAUCCUAUCGAGAAGAUAUACAAACAGGCGCAGAGCCACCACCACAAAUUUUAAGGUCGUGGCUUCCCUUCAACAUUUUAAAGAAGCCUGGAUAUAUAUUUGCAACAGCAUUACAUAUUAUAAUGACAGUACAAGGUGCUGGCGUGGUGGCUGUUUAUGAUGCUAAUGCGUUUGCAAUAAUGACUUUUUUAAAAGGUCAGUUUAUAAUUUUACGUGAAAAAUGUCAGCGUAUUUUUGGAGACGAGGAAACAGCACUAACAAAAAUGGAAAUUCAAGCGAGAAUAAAAGAAUGUCACAGGCAUCACAAUUUUUUACUUAAACAGUACACGGCGUUUAACACAAUGAUCUCACCUAUUAUGUUUUUAUAUGUGCUUGUUUGUUCAAUCAACAUCUGUUGCAGUGUAAUACAGCUCAGUUUGGAAAAUGUGUCGAUAUCACAAAAGCUUUGGGUUUUCGAGUACGUUUUGGCUCUUGGUGUACAGCUAUUUUUAUACUGUUGGCACAGUAAUGAGAUUGCUAUGGAGAGUGAUAGAGUAGGUAAUGGCGUAUACGAAAGUAAUUGGUGGAAAGCAGAUUUACAAGAGCGAAAACAACUGGUUUUACUUGCUGGAAAAUUGGCUGGACCACUCAUAAUUAACGCUGGUCCGUUCACAGCUCUCUCAAUUCCAACAUUUAUUCAAGUUAUGAAGGGGGCAUACAGCUUCUACACUUUAUUUACGCAGAUGCAAUAA